CCGCGGUGUGUAUUUUAAUCAGGCGGAUUUCAGGAUGCUUCCGGUCGCUUGGGACACCGAAGGACCCCAGCGUGUGCUCGCAGUCAGUCACAACAUUAGCUCACAGGCUAACAAAGUAAGAGCCCCGCGCAGGCAAGAAACGCUGGAGAUGGCUGAGGUGAAGGUGAAGAAGGAGACGAACCUGUCGGACCCCGCGGAGGUCGAGAACAGGAUCAAAGAGCUGUGUCAGCAGUUCCCUCACGGUAUCACAGACCAGGUGAUUCAGAACGACAUGCCUCACCUGGAGCCACAGCAGAGAGCCAUGGCCAUCAACAAGCUGCUCUCACUGGGUCAGCUGGACCUGCUGAGGAACAGUGCAGGUCUCCUGUACAGACUGAAGGACUCUCAGAGCACCAGUAAGAUGAAGGGCUCAGACAACCAGGAGAAGCUGGUCUAUCAGAUCAUCGAGGACGCAGGAAACAAAGGAAUCUGGAGCCGAGACAUCCGGUUCAAGAGCAACCUGCCUCUGACUGAGAUCAACAAGAUCCUGAAGAACCUGGAGAGCAAGAAGCUCAUCAAAGCCGUGAAGUCUGUGGCUGCGUCGAAGAAGAAGGUGUACAUGCUGUACAACCUGCAGCCCGACCGCUCGGUGACGGGCGGCGCCUGGUACAGCGACCAGGACUUUGAGUCCGAGUUCGUGGAGGUUCUCAACCAGCAGUGCUUCAAGUUCCUGCAGAGCAAGGCGGAGGCGGCGCGGGACAGCAAGCAGAGUCCGAUGGUUCAGAGAAACAGCUCCUUCGCCACGUCGCACGAAGUCUGGAAGUACAUCUGUGAGCUGGGCAUCAGCAAGGUGGACCUGUCCAUGGAUGACAUCGAGACCAUCCUGAACACGCUCAUCUACGACGGAAAGGUGGAGAUGACCGUGAUCGCCGCCAAGGAGGGCACGGUGGGCAGUGUGGAUGGGCAGAUGAAGCUGUACCGCGGCGUGAACGCCAUCAUCCAGCCCACCGGCCUCGUCAAGACGCCCUGCGGACUCUGCCCGGUGUUCGACGACUGCCAUGAGGGCGGGGAGAUCUCGCCAUCCACCUGCAUCUACAUGAGCGAGUGGUUGGACUUCUGAAGCCACGGCACGCGUUUCUCUCUGAAGGAAGCUUCACUUCCUGUUUGUCGCAGACGUGAAGAAGCCGGCGGCCUCAGUUCCUGUGACGAUGACGUGCAGCAGUUUGUCCCGGUUCUGGUUCUGGAGGCGUAACGUUUGUUUUCUGGGGCUGCUUUAAUGUUUCUGUUUGACAUCGUAAAUCUUUGGGGUCGUCUUAUUGGUCCCAUCAUGGUCACAUGGUCUCAGAUGUUUCUGUAUAAUCCCGCUCCCACCUGCACACCCUCUGUAGUGCAACCGCAUAUUUUUAUUUGACUGUGUGUGUGUGUGUGUGUGUGUGUGUGUGUGUGUGUGUGAGAACUGCAGCGUCCUGACUAUAAAAUGAUUUAGAAGGAAAAUAAUUUUUCUUUGUUGGAACCAGUUUUUGACCACCAGGUGGAGCUGUGGUUGCUGUGCAGGGAGGCAAACACCUGCAGCCAAUCAUAGCCGUUUGUGGUUGUUUGAGCUGAAGGGAACUCGUGGAUGUUUCCACCUUCAUGUUUAAGGUUUUGGCCCUCGCUGCUGGUUUCAGGGACAAGGCGGGGGAAACGGCCCUGAACACGGGCUGUCAGGACGCGGUCUCUGGGAGGAAGAGCAGCGGUCACGUUGGCCUGGACCUCCUCAGUUCUGGUUCUGAAGAACACCAGAGGACUCUGAUGAGGCACUCUGACACUCAGUCUGUUCUGUGAUUAUUAUUUUGGUCCACGAGUGUCGUGAUUUGGUGUAUGAAUAAAGUGGGUGGAGACUUA